AUGAAAUGUAAACUUCAUUUCAACUUAGACAUCUUAAAACAGCCCUCUAAUAAAGUCUUUGUUAUUGAGUAAAUGAGCAAAGGACAGGCAGACUAGAGUAUUAAUAAAAAGAUCAUUUUCCUCCAAAAUGAUUUGAUUAAAUAAUUAAUGAAUGCAGACCAAGUAUGAGGAUAGGUAGAAGUCUUUUUUUGUUGUUUGGAUCAAAAUCAUUUACUGCUUUCGUACAAUUGAGAAUGAAUUGUUGAUUUCGAUUACCUUACUAUAUUUAUAAUGUUAACUCUUUAGCGUGGAUUAGUAGCACAAUUUAAGUAAGUUAUAAAAAUCCUCCUAAUCAUUUGUGAAACUAGAGUGGAUAUUCAAAAAGUGUGCUUAAUUUUGA